AUGAAACUUCAAAACAUCAUCCUUUACUGUUCAUUCCUCGCUGCGGGCCAGGCCCAGUAUGCUGGUGUUUGUCCCGAGAAGGAUGGACAGAUUGAGGAAAUAAACCCUGGAUAUAAUGUGAAGUACAAAUGUGGUUGGCUUGGUCCACAUGGAGGAAAUACUUUCCCGAACAUCAACACUCCCCAGGCUUGUGCGCAGCUCUGCCAGGACAAGCCUGAUUGCACUGGAAGCUCCUGGCAAUCCGUCCAGAAAAAAUGUGUCCUUAGUGGCAGCCAAAACGGUCAAGCCCGUGCCAACGUCCUUUGGAUGGAGGUGGUUGAGUCAGAGGACCCGUUCCCAGAAGAUACAGAAGAUAAUAAUCCCUUCCCUGAAGAAGACUGCGCCAGCGAGGUGGAGGCUUGCCAGGAGCAGAACGCAGCUUGUCAGGAGCAGAACGCAGCUUGCCAGCAGCAGAAGAAUGCGUGGAGCAAGAAGCAGAAUGCACUGGACCAGUGCCCCAGAAGGGAUGGCAAAACUUUCAAGCAGGGAGGUAUCACCUACAAGGUUCAUUGCUUCAAACGUGGCAAGGGCUUCUCUGACUAUCAGAUGACCGAACAUGGAUUCACCGAUUGUUUGAACGCCUGUUCCAGCGAUUCGCAGUGCAAAGCUGUUCAUUACAUCAUCAAUUCUUCCCAACCCUGCAAGAUGCUCGGCCAAAUCAGCCACACUCAGGAGCCCGAACAUAGUUCAUCUCCACAGAUUGCACUUAUCCCAACCACGCCCAAAUAA